AUGGCCGCCAAGUACACCAAGAUUCACGAGGUCGGGGAUCACUGCGCGAGCCCUUGCAGCAGUUGCGCAACAUUGUCCAACGACAGAUGCUCGGAUUUAGAAGAUGUUUCGAUGAAGCUGGAAGGACAGAUACUGGAUGACCGCCAUAGCUGGAGACGAAAGAGCCUUCGAACGGGCUUGCAGGCGAUUGUAUUGAUCGUCCUAUCCGUUGCUUCCUUUUUCGCCGGACGUUCACUUCAUCGUGUCGACGAAAACGCAUGCCUCGACACAGCAUGGGAUGAGGUACGGAAGGACGUGCGAUUCAAACGAACAGAGUUCAACCCUCGGUUUGUGGGACCCAAGUCGCCAUACAUGGGGCCUCCUACGCCGGCCAAGGACAAGCUCUGGUACGACCUCGCGGCACUACGAAACUUUGGUGUCGACAAGCCAACUCUGCAGGCUAUGAAUCGGAGCAAAGGCGCAGUAGAGUUUCCCGGCCUCGGCGGCCGAUUUCAGGUGGGAAUGGAGGCCUUUCACCAGCUGCAUUGUCUGAACUACGUUCGAAUGUAUACCUACCAAGACCAUUACGGCACCGUCGACUACGACAUGAUUGCUGAAGGGCCAAAGGAGCGGCAGGAGCACAAGGAUCACUGCGUUGAGGUCCUCCGACAGCGAUUGAUGUGCAAUCCAGACCUCAACGUUUACUCCUACCACUGGACGCAGAAAAACAAGGUGCCGUUUGGAAACCUCUACACGAGCCACCAGUGCGUCGACUGGGAUCGAUUCUACGCAUGGGCUGAGAAAAAUGCCGUUUCUUCGCCCCCCCUGACGAAACCAGAAGGCGCCGAAGUUUGGUCAUAG